GCAGCGUUCGAGUCACUGCGCGUGCUAGUGCAUUGAUUGUUAUGAAUUCGUCCGCCGGUGGCGUACGCUCUUAGGAGUUGGGCGGUGCGGGCGCGGGUCGCACGUUCCCGAUCCACCUCCCACGUCUCGUGAAUGGGAGUGUUUCGUUUCCCGAAGAGUUGUUGCCCUUGGUGUCAUUAUCCUGUGAUAACACCUAGGGAUUCUCUUUAAAAAUUAUUCUUAGGGAAAGGACAGACGGACGGAGACGGAGUUUCUCUUAAAGCCUGUCUUCUUACUUUUCCCACUUAUCUUCCGGGGGGGAGGCAGGGCUGAGAGAGCCUCCAAAGCCGAGGGGCACCCCCUCAAAAGGUGGAGAGACCUACAAGGUGUUGCCCCGUCCAAAGAGAAAUUGCCCCUCCUUCCAGCGCCUCUUAACCCCCCAAAGCCCGAGCCCCAAGGGUAGCGAGUGGCAGAACUUAGAAUGGAACCUAGAAAGGAAAGGGGUUAAAAACAAGCCUUUAUUAAGCUCCUGCUAGGUGCCCAGCGCCGCCCAUUACAAACAUCUCCCGGGAUGAUACGAAGCCAGACCUUUUUUCCCACCGUAUCACGUUACAGCAGAGCGAAGAGACUGGUUAGAAAAAUUACUAGCUAAUUUGUCAAGAAAUUGUAAACAAAAUGAAUAUCCAAAGAUUGGGGAGUGACUGAACAAAUAGUAGAAUGCACUUGUGAUAGAAUGUGAAAUGAAUUUGUGAAAUGAAUCCGGAAUUAAAAGACUUCUAGGAACUGAUGAAACAGGGCAAAGCAAGCAGAAUCAGAACAAUUUGCCGUGGGGUUUUUGACCCCAGCUGCUUCGAGGUGACUGGGUCUUUGCAUAUCAGGAAAGGCAGUGUGGUUAACUAGAAAGAGUCGGGUACUCGGGAAUGGUGGCGUGGAUUCGAAUGUGGACUGCUCCCUACUUUCUAGUGUGACCUUGGGCAAAUAACCUUUAUAAAUCUCAGCGUCUUCAUCGUCUGUAAAAUGGAGGGCUUGGUCUAGAUCUGGAUGGCAGCUGAGAUGAUCUCUUCCCUUUCGAUUCUAAUUCCUAGGGGCAAUCAAUCCCCAGAUCCAUAUCCCAGAGUUGGAAGAGGUCUCAGUAACUGACUAGUCCAGCUCAACCCGUAGAGGAACAGGACACAACAGGAAUACACAAACACCCAACAAUUUGCACCCUUCGCUUAAAGAUAAAUCUGCAGUGAGGGAAGACGGCUUCCCAAGGUAACCCGAGCCAUUUUUGGAGAGUACGUUUUCCUUCGUUGUGACUUCUCCACGAGUCGCUCCUAGAUUUGCUUUUUGAGGCCAACCAGUCCAAGAGGAGGAUGUCCCAUUCGGAGAAAGAAUAAUGAGAACUAAAAUUUUGAUCCCAUUAGAAGACAUCCUGGAAAUAUUAAUGUAGUUGUGCUUUACAGUGUGGACAUCAGAAAUGGCACAAGGAUAUGAUGGAGCUGCUGGAGGAAGACCUCACAUGCCCUAUUUGUUGCAGCUUAUUUGAUGAUCCCCGGGUUUUGCCCUGCUCUCACAAUUUCUGCAAAAAAUGCCUGGAAGGUAUCUUGGAGGGCAAUGUCCGGAAUAUGCUGUGGAGACAAUCCCCUUUCAAGUGCCCCACUUGCCGGAAGGAAACUUCAGCUACUGGAGUCAAUAGCCUGCAGGUCAAUUACUCCCUGAAGGGAAUUGUGGAAAAAUACAACAAGAUCAAAGUGUCUCCCAAAAUGCCCGUGUGUAAGGGUCACGUAGGACAGCCCCUCAACAUCUUCUGCUUGACAGACAUGCAGCUGAUCUGCGGGAUAUGUGCCACUCGGGGCAGUCACACCAAGCACGUCUUCUGCUCUAUUGAAGACGCCUACGCUCAGGAAAGGAGCGCCUUUGAAUCACUGUUUCAAGGUUUUGAGACCUGGCGUAGGGGAGAUGCUCUUUCUCGUCUGGACACCUUAGAGACGAGCAAGAGGAAAUCCCUGCAACUGCUGACUAAGGAUUCCGAUAAGGUGAAGGAGUUCUUUGAGAAGCUGCAGCACACCUUAGAGCAGAAGAAGAAUGAGAUCCUGUCUGACUUUGAGACCAUGAAGCUGGCGGUCAUGCAGACCUACGACCCAGAGAUCAACAAGCUCAACACGAUCUUGCAGGAGCAGCGCCUGGCUUUUAACAUCGCGCAGGCCUUCAAGGACGUAUCGGAGCCCGUUGUAUUCCUACAGCAGAUGCAGGAAUUCAGGGAAAAGAUCAAAGUCAUCAAGGAGACCCCUUUGCCUUCCUCCGAUCUGCCUGCAAACCCUGUAUUUAAGAACUUUGAUACUAGUCAGUGGGAGGGAAUAAAACUAGUAGAUGUGGACAAAAUGUCAUUGCCUCAAGAAACUGUCCCAUGCGCCAGCAAGCUUCCUUGGAGCUUCUGUCAGAUGCUGGUGGCGCUCUGUCUUGUUGGCCUUCUUGUUUACUUCACUCCCACGGUGUCCCUGGGCGGAUCUCUGUUUGAUGAUUUCUCAAUCUGGAAAGCCCACCUCUCCAGCUUCACCUCCAGUUACCUGACAGAAUCGGCCGAAAUUGCAGAUCAAGCAAUUCUGUACUGGGAACAGGUGGUGGAUGGUGUUUUUGUUUUCAGUGAAAGGUUCAAGAAUUACACGUUAGUGUUGCUGAAUGGUGUGGCAGAAUUUGUUUGCAAAUAUAAACUAUUAUAAAAAUCUGUUGCAAGCACACAGUCCUAUUUCUGUCUUUUGUCCUUAGCUGACAGGACUGACUUACAACCUGUGAAAAAAUAUUUUAAAAAAUACUUGUUAAAGAACACAUGCUCUAAACUAGUGGCUCAGAUGAAAUAGCUUCUGGCAGAAAUAUCUUUAUACAGAAGCAUUCCCAUGGAACCAACAUGCUAUGCAUGUGUAUACUGUUCACGUUAAAAAACUAAGGGUAGGGGCGGCUAGGUGGCACAGUGGAUAGAGCACCAGCCCUGGAUUCAGGAGGACCUGAGUGCAAAUCUGGC